ACAUCGUUGACAGUCAGGAGGUGUUUACGUAUCGAACGUGUUUAAUUUAUGAUACAGAGUUAUCUGAACGUUUGAGUUUAUUUGUGUGGUUUUGAUUUGUACAGCUUAAUAAAAACGAGAUAUAAAACUGAUAAUCUUACGCUAGAGGAAUAAGAUCCGGCUAUUCCAAAUUGCGGAUUGCCGGCUAUCAUACUAUCGGACAUGCAACACGUGUGUAUCCGCCCCAUUCGACGACUACAAGGUUCCGUCGCAAUUACGAGUUCAGCAACCGGAACCAACAUGUUACUGUGAAAACUUCAUAAGUGCAGAUGAACAACGACACCAAGAUACAGCAAACGAGGAAGAGCCAUAAUGGGUGUCGGCAGGACAUACCUCUCGCCUGGGCACAAUCGAACUUUGUGGAUUCGAUGAAGAUACUUCAAUCAAGGCCUCGCCAAUCGAUUAGUCGCCGAAUGCUCAUAAAAAACAACGUUGAGAAUGCAACUGAUCCACCAAAAAUGCAACAACAGCACAAAUGCAACAACAGCACAAAUCAACCCGACAGCCGCGUUAUCCAUCCCAACGUGAGCUUCAGUACCCAAUCCAUAAUGCAGAACGCUUUACUCCGUAAAAAACUACAGAAUCAACGCAAGGCGCUUUGUGAUCAGAACAGUCGAAUUGCUGCCGCUACCGCUGUGAUUAACAACGGUGAACCAAAUACAGUUGUACAGCAAUUCGUACAAUCGAUUCGUCUAAACAUGCAACGAAGUAUUUUGGUUCAUAGUCAAACUGCUAACCGGCCGGUGACAAAUAUCCUAAUGGUACAUAUUUCUCUGCAAAGCCGACUGCAGGAGCAACUACUCUCCGUCACGCAAAAAUUGUGUCAACAGAAACGUGGUCCCAUGAGCGCUAGAACUUCUUAGGAAACAUCGAAUUCUACAGAUCAAUUCUUACAUGUUACGAGAGAACUGGAUUCUUACAAUGCAUUUACCAGUGCGGAAAUGGUUAUAUUUUGCAACAUUCAAAUUUAAUGAUGUUUUGUACAAUAUAGUACCGUUCCUCAUGAUUGUAUUUUUAUAUGUUUGUGGUUUUUCUUAAUAACGUGCUGCGUUCCAUCAUUGUUAUAUUUUUUAUGCAAGCGGAAUUUCGAUACAAAUUCUCAAUAUCUAAUUUAUAUUCUGCAAAAUUGCACCGAUUGAUUUGUCGUUAGGUUUUCCCAUCAAGUU